GGGCAGCAGAGGGCGGCAUUUCUGGGCGUUUCUGUUUGUUUUGUUCCCAGCUGCAUUCCCAUUGCCCGACUCGCUGCCUGGACACGGUAGGUGCUCGGGAUUGAAUGCUUGUUGAAUGACUACUGCACUUGCCUGGCAGAGAGAUGAGGUGGCCGUGAUAGACGGUGUCAUGGCCUGCGCCCCAGCACUAGGGAUCGCUAUGCGGAGCCUGUAGGAGGCAAGCAAGCCCCGCUUUAAGGAUAAGUAGGAGCUGGUGGAGAGAAGGCUGUGCAGCGGAAGGAACCGCCGGAGCAAAGACAGGAAGGCCUGGAUCACCAGGGCACCUCGCCUUGUACCCUUACCUCAGCCUUCUCCCCAAUCCGGCUAAGGAGUGACCCAUCCCUAGGCCUCUGUCUGCAAAGCCACUGGCUUACAGCCCACCGGAUCCCAGCCCGGGGCCUACCUCCUCACCAUGGUGAAGUUGCUGCCUGCCCAGGAGGCGGCCAAGAUCUACCAUACCAACUAUGUGCGCAACUCAAGGGCUGUGGGUGUGAUGUGGGGCACGCUCACCAUCUGCUUCUCCGUGCUGGUCAUGGCCCUCUUCAUCCAGCCCUACUGGAUCGGCGACAGCGUUAACACACCCCAGGCAGGCUACUUUGGCCUUUUUUCCUACUGCGUGGGCAACGUGCUGUCCUCUGAACUCAUCUGCAAGGGUGGCCCGUUGGACUUCUCUUCCAUUCCCUCUAGAGCCUUCAAGACUGCUAUGUUUUUUGUGGCCUUGGCCAUGUUCCUCAUCAUUGGCUCCAUCAUCUGCUUUAGCCUCUUCUUCGUCUGCAACACGGCCACUGUCUACAAGAUCUGUGCGUGGAUGCAGCUAGCUGCAGCCACAGGCCUGAUGAUUGGCUGCCUGGUCUACCCAGAUGGUUGGGACUCAAGUGAGGUGCGGCGCAUGUGUGGGGAGCAGACGGGCAAGUACACGCUGGGUCAGUGCACCAUCCGCUGGGCCUUCAUGCUGGCCAUCCUCAGCAUCGGAGACGCCCUCAUCCUCUCCUUCCUGGCCUUCGUGCUGGGCUACCGGCAGGACAAGCUCCUCCCUGAUGACUACAAGGCAGAUGGAAAAGAGGAAGUCUGAAGCAGUUGAAGUUCGGUCAUCUGUUUCUCUGACAAGGGAAAAUUAAGGAAUCGAAUUCUUCAGAUAAAAACUUGUUCCUUCCAUGCUUCCCUGUCCCUGGCUACUGCAGACCUGAUGUUCUGAAGCCUUUCACUCUAGGAUUAGAACCUGAC